GAGCGAAAAAUGGGAUGCAGAAUAUCACUCAACGUGAGGUCUGUAUAAACGCGACUCCUCAGCCAAUGCGACUCCUCCCCCCCUCCAUUGUGGCCAUGGAACCGCACAUGGAGGAGGUGGUGUUUGACAGCUCUUUCUUCCGCAUCUACAAGAACGGCAACGUGCACCGCCUCUACCGGCCCCCAAUAGUUGCCGCCGGCGUCGACGAUGCCACCGGAGUCGUCUCCAAGGACGUCGUCCUCGACACCGGGACAGGUUUGUUCGUCCGCGUCUACCUGCCCAAGGGGCAAGAACCUGGCAAAAAGCUUCCCCUCCUUGUGUACUUCCACGGCGGCGGCUUCAUCAUCGAGUCCGCGGACUCCGCCACUUACCACAACUACCUCAACGCCGUCGCCGCCGUGGCGGGGGUCCUUGUGGUGUCCGUCAACUACCGCUUAGCGCCGGAGAACCCGCUCCCUGCUGGAUACGAAGAUUCUUGGGCGGCGCUCCUGUGGGCGGUGUCCAGAAAGGACGACUGGCUCGCCGAGCACGGCGACACGGCCCGUGUCUUCGUCGCCGGCGACAGCGCCGGCGGCAACAUCGUGCACAACAUGCUCCUUAGGGCCUCCUCGAGCGACGGACCAACGAUAGAGGGCGCGAUCCUGCUCCAUCCGUUCUUCGGCGGGAGCACGGCCAUCGACGGCGAGUCCGAGGAGGCGGUCCACAUAACCUCGAAGGUGUGGACGUGCGCGUGCCCGGGGGCGGCCAACGGCGUGGACGACCCGAGGAUGAACCCAACCGCGCCUGGCGCGCCGGCGCUGGAGAGCGUCGGCUGCGCGCGGCUGCUCGUGUGCGCGGCGCAGGAGGACUGGCUCGCGGCGAGGGGCCGCGCUUACUACGCCGCCGUGGCCGCGAGCGCGUGGCGCGGGAGUGCGGCGUGGCACGAGACGGAGGGAGAGGGCCACGUCUUCUUCCUCCGCGCGCCGGGCAACUGCGACAAGGCCAGGCAGCUCAUGGAUCGCGUCGUGGCAUUCAUAUCAGGCGCAUGAAUCAACUACUCUCAGCUUUAAUACGGAGUAUAUUGCUUUGCAUGUUGCAGCUGUAUCUUGACUGAAAACAUCUCGAAAACGAAAUAAAUGGCAUACCAAUGUCAUUGUGGUAGAAA